ACUCUCUCUGUGAUUGAUGUGUGCUUGGUCCAAUCAGAGGGCUGGAUCAGGCAGUGGGCGGGGCGUGUCGCUGUGUUGAACUUGAGCACGCUGGUAGUGUGGCAUCUCAGGGUGAUUUAGCUCGCAAAUCCUUUGAAUAAUGGCACCUACAGGUGAAGUGGUAUUUGGGGACGGCGACCGAGUCUGUGCAGAAAAUCGCCUGCGCUGGGAUCUUAAACCAGAUCAGAUUCAUCAGCUUACAGAUGAGCUCAUUGCAAACACCAAGAAAGUGUACGACAACGUCGGGGCGUUGGAUCUCGCGAAUGUCAGUUAUGAGAACACGCUGAAGGCCCUUGCUGAUGUAGAGGUGGAGUACACAGUCCAGCGGAACAUGUUGGAUUUCCCUCAGCACGUGUCCCCCUGUAAGGACAUGCGCACGGCCAGCACCGAGGCCGACAAGAAGCUCUCAGAGUUCGACGUAGAGAUGAGCAUGAGGGAGGACGUGUACCAGAGGAUUGUUGCUCUUCAGGAGAAACUACAGGAUGAAGGUUUUACCCCCGAGGCUAAGAGAUACAUGGAGAGACUGAUCACACUGGGAAAGAGAAAUGGGCUCCAUCUUCCUAAGGAGAAACAAGAGGAGAUCAAGAAGAUCAAGAAGAAACUGAGCACUCUGUGUAUUGAUUUCAGCAAGCAUUUGAACGAGGACACCACUAAUCUCUGUUUCACCCAAGAGGAGCUGGGUGGCCUUCCUGAAGACUUCCUCAACUCCUUAGAGAAGGAUGAGACAGGAAAGCUUAAACUCACCCUCAAAUACCCUCACUAUUUCCCCACCAUGAAGAAAUGCUACGUCCCAGAGACACGCAGGAAAUUAGAGGAAGCUUUCAAUUCUCGGUGUAAAGAGGAGAACUCCGCUAUCCUGAAAGAGCUGGUGGACUUACGCUCUCAGAAAAGCUCUCUGCUGGGCUUCAGCACUCACGCCGACUUUGUGCUGGAAAUGAACAUGUCCAAAGAUUCCAAGAAGGUUGCUACGUUUCUCGAGGAGCUGGCCCGUAAGCUGAAGCCGCUGGGCGAGGAGGAGCGGGCGGUCAUGAUAAAGCUGAAGGAGAAGGAGUGUGAGAAAAGGAAGUUGCCCUCCGGCAAUGAGCUUCACGCCUGGGACAUGCGCUACUACAUGACCCAGGUGGAGGAGACUCAAUACGCCGUGGACCAGAACCAGCUGAAAGAGUAUUUUCCCAUGGAGGUGGUGACACGUGGGCUUCUGGACAUCUACCAGGAACUGCUGAACCUCUCCUUCCAGCAGGUGGAGGGCGCCCACGUGUGGCACGAUGAUGUCACUCUGUACUGCGUAAAGGACCGCACCUCUGGUCAGGUGGUGGGCCAGUUCUACCUGGACCUUUUCCCCAGAGAGGGGAAGUAUGGCCAUGCCGCCUGCUUUGGCUUGCAGCCUGGUUGUCUGCUGCCUGAUGGCACUAGACAGAUGGCCGUGGCAGCCAUGGUGGCUAACUUCAGCAAACCGACAGCUGAUGCUCCCUCCCUGCUGCAGCAUGAUGAGGUGGAGACCUACUUCCACGAGUUUGGCCAUGUCAUGCACCAGCUUUGUGCACAGUCAGAAUUUGCCAUGUUCAGCGGAACCCAUGUGGAAAGGGACUUUGUGGAGGCUCCUUCUCAGAUGCUGGAGAACUGGGUUUGGGAAAAGGAGCCAUUACAGCGAAUGUCCAAGCAUUACAAGACAGGCAAUCCAAUCCCAGAGGAAAUUCUGGAUAAACUGAUCAAGUCUAGGCUCGCCAAUGCUGGUCUGUUCAACCUGAGGCAGAUAGUGCUAGCUAAAGUGGAUCAAGCCCUGCACACAAGAACGGGAGUGGAUCCAGCAGAGGAGUAUGCCAAGCUGUGUCAGGAAAUCCUGGGAAUUCCAGCCACACCAGGUACAAACAUGCCAGCAACAUUUGGCCACCUAGCAGGUGGAUAUGAUGCUCAGUAUUAUGGAUAUCUCUGGAGCGAGGUCUUCUCCAUGGACAUGUUCUAUACCCGGUUCAAGCAGGAGGGCAUCAUGAACCCUAAGGUGGGUCUGGACUAUAGGAAUUGUAUUCUGAAGCCCGGAGGUUCAGAGGAUGCGACUGACAUGCUGAAGAAGUUCUUGGGAAGAGAGCCCAGGCAAGACGCAUUCCUCUUGAGCAAAGGAUUGUUGGUGGAGCAGGAGCCAGGCAAGCCUUGUGCUUGUUGACGAGUUACUAUUACAGUAGUGUUAGCGGUGCCUCUCUGGGCAGCAAUAGGACACACAAAUACUACAGACUGAUUUACUCUGAUUUGUCAGAAUCAGCAUCCUGAAAUUUCAAUGAUCACAGGCUAUCUCAAGUUCCGUUAUUGCUUUUUGCAUUAAAACCUGUCUGUUCCUUUUUUAUUUUGCACCCUGGUGCAAAAGAAGAAAAGAAACGGUUACCCAAAAGAUACAAAGAUACAAGGUUGCAAGUUCUUUCAUAAUGACUCACCUGUGAAAAUCUUAAUGAAUCUUACUUGCGAAUAUUACUUGCUAUAAUAAAAAAUAAACACCAGUCAAAAGUGUAA